AUGUUGCGAAAACUGUUCACAUCCGCCCUCCUCUUUGCUGCCCUGAGCAAUGGACAGACGGCUCCUGACCUCGGGACCGCGGAGACUUUUGCUGUCCUCGGUGGCUCAACUGUGACAAAUACGGGCCCAACAACGAUCACUGGUGACCUGGGAGUCUCGCCUGGGACUGCUAUCACGGGUUCCGGUCAAAUUACGAUCAUUGGAUCCGUACACCAAGCUGAUGCAGUCGCAAGUCAAGCACAGACCGAUCUGACGACUGCAUAUAACAAUGCGGCUGGCCAGGGACCGGCCACUGCAAUCGCGACGGAACUCGGCGGCCAGACAUUGAUUGGUGGUGUAUAUACUAGCCCAACAUUCGGGCUUACCGGCACCCUCACGCUUGACGCUCAGGGGAAUCCGGAUGCAGUUUGGAUCUUCCAAAUGACAUCCACCCUUAUCACUGCCACGGACUCCAAUGUUGUUCUGGCCAAUGGUGCCAACCCUUGCAAUGUCUUCUGGCAGGUGGGAACCUCGGCAACCUUGGGAACAAGGACAGCUUUCGUCGGAACCAUCAUGGCAGAUCAGUCUAUCACGUUGAAUACUGGCGCAACGAUCAACGGACGGGCUUUGGCCCGCAUUGGGGCACACUACUGUGUCGCCUACGACAACCACAACGACGACGACGACGACGUCGACUACUACGACAACCACCACUACCACUACCACCACUACCACGCCGACUACUACAACGACAACCACCACCACGCCGACUACCACAACGACAACCACUACUACGGCGUCUACCACGACAACUACUGGCACCACCACCACCACCACCACAACAUCAUCUACCACCACGUCAUCGUCAUCCACCACGACGACAACCACAACAACGGGAACCACUACAACAGGAACCACUACAACGGGGACAACCACAACGAAAACUACCAAAACGAAGACUACCAAAACGUGGUCUACCACCACACCAUCCAGCACAACGCUGUGUACUACCACUCCUACCACAACUAUAUGUACCACUACGGUAUGGACAACCACGACGCUGACGCCAUCAUGCAAAACCCCCACAACCAAGGCUGGGAAGAACACGACAGUAAAGACUACAACCAAGGCUGGGACAAUUACGACGACAAAAACUACGACCAAGGCUGGGAUAAUGACGACAGCAAAGACUACGACCAAGACUGGGAAGACUACAUCCAAGCCAAUACCCAAGGCUGGACAGACGACGACAGCGCGUAUUAA